UGCGGAGUGGAGUGCCUCAAGUUCAUCACCCUCAGGCCUCAGCAGGCCCCAGCCCUCGCACUCCUCACCUGUCCUCUCACGGCCUCUCAGUCUCACCUCACACUCACAGAGCAGGAAGGGGACUGGGAAGGAGGAACUCAGCCCAGCCGAGAAACAAAAGGCGAAAGCAUUAGCAAGUCAAGAGGCUUUAGCAGGUGAUCAACUCCUCGGCAACAACUCCGGCCCUCUCCACUUGCCGCGGACGAUUCACCUGUGAUGUGAGGCAGGUCAGGCAGACGCCGCGUCUCCUCUUUCCAGCCUCUCUACCUGUACCCCCCCCCCCCCCCCCCCCCCCCCCCCCCCCCCGCAUCUGCUCGCCUUAGGUUCUUCAACCUCCAAUGCGACGACAGGUUUCAGCGGGUUUGCUUUAACCAGCAGCGCUUCCGCAAGAUAUAUAUAUAUAUAUAUAGCAAUGGCGAAGGCCCGGUCGAGCUCUGUGUCAGCCCCCGCCGGAGAAGCUGUAGACCUGUAUGUAGCCUAGCCCCCCCUUGCUAACCAGCGAUGUCUCACAGCCGCUCCAGGAGCGAUUCUAUCAGAGUGCUCGGGAUGGAUAGCGCGGAUUCCUCUUCGCCGAGGUGCCACGCUCAGAAGGAUGCCGGAGAACUCAAGGACCAGAAUAGCACCAGCAAGAUGCCGUCCGGUGCUACUGAGCUUCCAUGCUCCUUGAAGCGUGAGGUCCAAGUUCUUGAAAAGCGAUUGAAUGAUCAAUUCGUCAUGCGCCGUGCUCUUGAGAAAGCUCUAGGUUACAAGCCUUGUGCUAUCCAUGCAUCAAGUGAGAACUGCAUUCCAAAGCCGACUGAGGAGCUAAUAAAGGAGAUUGCAGUUCUCGAGCUAGAGGUCAUAUGCUUGGAGCAACAUCUCCUAACACUAUACAGAAAGGCAUUUGAGCAACAAUUUUCCCCUGCAAGUUCUGCUUGUGACAUGGAGAGCAACAAGCAGCCAGCAAGGUCCUUUUCAGGCAUACUCUCUGAAGCUCCAGAGCUGAGCUUCUCGACCCCAAGGAAGCAUCAUCAGCUAAACCAGUCCAGUCGAAUGGUCCUGGCACGCAAGUCCACGCCUACAGCUUCUACAAGCGAGACUAGCAAUGAGAAGAUCAAUAUCGGACGCAGCCAUUCCUCGCUCCUGCACCGCUCCGUUAGGGUAUCUCCGUCGGCAAACAAUCUCGCUAGAGCUCUGAAACCAUGCCAUACUUCGCCUCUAUCUUUUGUUGAGGAAGGGAAAUGCAUGGAUCCUGGCGUGGUGAGUUUGGCAGACAUCUUGGGGACCAGGGUCGCGGACCAUGUUCCCCAAACGCCGAACAAGAUAUCCGAGGACAUGAUCAAAUGCAUUACGGCCGUAUACAUGAGGCUGAGAGACGUCCCCGCCGUGCAGCACGCCUUCUUCCCCUCACCGUGCUCAUCCUUUUCUUCGGCGAGCGGGCUGUCUUCCAAAUACACCGCGGACAUAUGGAGCCCCAGGUGCAGGAAAGAGAGCUUCGUUGAGGAGUGGCAGGACAACGGGUUAGGCAACGGUGAAUCUAGGGAGCUGGCCCUGCCAUAUGAUUCUGUGGUAGAGGUGUCUGCUCUUUGCAAAGGUGAUCAGAGGUCCGCUGACGUGAAGGAUAUGCUGCGCAAAUACAUGUCACUUGUGCAGCUUCUCGAAAGCGUUGAUCUCAGCGGGAUGAAACAUGAAGAGAAGCUCGCUUUCUGGAUCAACGUGCAUAAUGCGAUGAUGAUGCAUGCCCAUAUAGAGUACGGGAUCCCACAGAGUAACAGCAAAAGGAUACUGCUUACCAAGGUGUCGUACAUCAUUAGUGGCCAAAGAGUGAACGCGGAGCUGAUAGAGUACCAGAUCCUGUGCUGCCGAGCGCACUCUUCUGGACAGUGGCUUCGGCUGCUGCUAUACCCGAAAUGGAAGUCCAGGGACAAGGACGAGCUGCAAGGCUUCGCCGUGGACCGCCCCGAGCCGCUGGUGCACUUCGCACUGUCCUCCGGUAGCUACUCGGAUCCAGUGGUGCGGCUGUACAGCCCCAAGAGCGUGUUCCAGCAGCUGGAGGCGGCGAAGGAGGAGUACGUCCGCGCCAACGUGGGCGUCCGCGGGCGGGGGCAGCACAAGAUCAUCCUCCCCAAGGCCCUGGAGCUGUACGCGAGGGACGCCGGGCUGGGCGCGCAGGAGGUGGUGGCCGCGGUCGAGUGCCACCUGCCCGAGGGCCUCCGGGACGCCGUGCGCCGGAGCCAGCAGCAGGCCGGCCGGGCGCGCGCCGUGGAGUGGAAGCCCCACAACCUGGCGUUCCGGUACCUGCUGGCCAAGGAGCUGGUCGGCGGGUCCCCCGCGUGCAGCCGGCCGCUGGAGCCGGUCAGUGCGCCGCUGCGGGCUGGUCCGUGAUCCGUCAUCAGAUCGCCGUGGGCCCGUGGCCGUGCCGAGCCGAGCACGAGUUGAGAUGUGCGGCGGCGGCACACUGCGUUCGGGCCUUGGGGGCGUUGUAUGUACAGAGAGUCAGAGAGAUGGACGGCGAAACAGACAUCUGAUUUUACUCGUACCAGUAUGCGCCCUGCUGUCAAACUGUGAAUAGUGAAUUCCGCCUAGCCGCCCACGUUAUUGACUGACGCUCGAGCGCUGCAGCUGCAGCUGGCCUGCUGCGCUUGCCCUGCGCCUGCACAACCCGCCCUCGUUUUUUUUUUGGAUAAAGGGGAGUUUAUUUCA